CAGCGGUAUCUACUCAAGAAAGAGCGAAACAAGCAAAGCCAGAUAUCCCCAAGCUUACACAAAAAGAAAUCAAUGGUAUUGACCUUUUUACAAAAGCAGGGUGCUCAUCAACUCCAAGAUUAUUUGCAUGGAAAGCAUGAGAUACAGGGAAGUGAAGACUGGGUCCCCGGGGGGUUUAUGGAUUAUGUUUUGAUGGAGAGAAUGCCCAAAGUUAUGCCACCAGCGUACUGAGAG